CUUCCACCCCAAUCCCUCUUUCUCUCUGAAUAUGGCCGCUUAUGCCGCUCUUGUUUCCCUUGCUCAAACUACAACUUUUGAUACAAAUCAUGCCAUAUCUGACUUUUCUAUCAAUGCAAAAGAAAACAUUAGAUCAAUCCACGAGUAUGUCAUCACCUUGCUUACCUUCCUCGAAGAUUAUCCAGAGAGAACCAACCGUUGGGAAGCCAAGCUGAGGGACAUAGCUCAUAAAAUUGAAGAUGCGAUCGAACAAUUUAUGUAUUAUGGAGGGAAGGAAACAUCAUCAAGCUUCACUUUUGAAAAGGAGCUGAAAGAUGUAACGCUAAACUUGUGUUUAUUUGCUGGAGAUGUGAUGGAUGAGCGACCUUCUUACUCAUCUCUUUCAUCAUCGUCAUCAUCAGUAGCAGCAUCAAGAGUUCCACCUACUGAGAACGGCGCGGCGGUUGGCUUAGAUGAAGAUGUGAUGACAAUAAAGGAUCUUCUUUGUGGGAGGCCCUCAUCCAAACUCCAAGUCAUACCCAUAUUGGGAAUGGGUGGCAUUGGUAAGACCACUCUGGCUAGAACUGUUUAUGACGAUCCAUUAAUCACGGAUUAUUUUGAUAUUCGUGUUUGGCUUACAAUAUCACAAGAUUACAAUGCACGGAAAGUGCUUUUAAGUCUUGUGGAUUCGAUUAAAAUGAUGGAUGAACAUAUGCCUAGAUUAGAGAUGGAUGAUGUUUCAAUAUUAAUGGAGAAAGCGUAUAAAAAGUUAAAAGGUUGGAGGUAUCUUGUGGUAAUGGAUGAUGUGUGGAGCACAAAGGUUUGGGAUGAUGUAAGGAAUGUAUUUCCGGAUGAUGCUAAUGGAAGUCGAAUCAUGAUAACCAUAAGACUAGAAGAUCUAGCUGUUUAUCCGGACUCUACUUGUGCUCCUCAUAAGAUGAGGUUCAUGAAUGGCUCUCAAAGUUGGGAUUUGUUUAAGGGAAAGGUGUUUGCAUACAGCAAUUGCCCACGUGAAUUGGAGGAUGUUCGGAGAAAGAUUGCGAGAAGUUGUGGAGGACUACCCCGUAGUUAAUCGGAAUCCAUCUAGUUGGAAGAAAGUUUCCAAAAAUGUAAAAAAUCCAAUUGUUAGUGAGGUGUUGGAGGGGAUUGUAUCAUUAAGUUACACUCACUUGUCUCAUCAUUUGAGGCCGUGUUUCCUAUUUAUGUCAAUGUUUCCAGAAGAUGAAAGCAUACGUGCUUCAACGCUUAUUAGAUUAUGGUUAGCUGAGGGCUUCUUGAAGCAUCAAAACAGAUGCAACAAAAGCAUGGAAGAGGAUGCAGAGGAUUAUUUGGAGGAUGUAGUCAAGAGAAAUCUUGUAAUAGUGACUAGUAGAAAGAGUGGUGGGAAAAUCAAGAGUUGCAGCCUCCAUGAUAUGGUACGAGAGUUGUGCAUAAGGAAAGCCCAUGAUGAGAGGUUUCUUCAUGUUAUUGAUGGUCAAGUUGUUCCAGAAAGCAUGAUAAAUAAGCGACGCAUCAGUUUGUGGCGUACUGUUUUUUU